UUUGAUUACGUUUUUCCGCCAUUUUGAGCCGUGCGAGGGUGUCAUUUCUCUCCAAUCUGAGGCGAUUUCCAACCUACUCUGGGCAGUUUUGAGAGACAGAAAAUUAUGGACCCAAGAAGCUGUGAGAUUCCAGCGGACGAGCUGCCAACUUUCCACCCUGGGAACGAGACAAGCAGCAGCGAGGACCCGGCAACAGUCACGGGAGGACAGCAGGACAAGGAAGAGGACAUUCUAUCGGAAGAAACUUACGGGGUAAACUCUGUCCAUCUUCCCGUACAGAGUCAAACAGAGCAGACGGACGGGCCUGUGGUGAAAGGUACUGUGGAGAAACGCUUCAAAUGUGACCUGUGUGACUAUUCUUCUAUACGGAGGGGGCAUUUAGACCGACACAUGGCUAGACACACUGGAGACAAGCCAUACAUGCGUGGGGAGUGUGGAUACAGGACGGCUGACAGACGUAACCUAUCCAGGCACAUGAGAAAACAUACAGGGGAAAAACCUUACAAGUGUGACCAGUGUGACUAUUCUGCUGCAUAUAAAGUCAGUUUAGACUCACACAUGGCUAAACACACCGGAGACAAACCCUACAUGUGUGGGAAGUGUGGAUACAGGACGGUUCACAGGUCUAGCCUAAUUAAAGUUCAUUUAGAAGAUCACAUGGCUAAACACACUGGAGACAAACCCUACAUGUGUGGGGAGUGUGGAUACAGGACAGCUCACAAUUCUUAUCUUACUGUACAUAUGAGAAAACAUACAGGAGAGAAACCCUACAAAUGUGACCAGUGUGACUAUUCUGCUGCAACGAAAAGCAAUUUAGACCGACACAUGGCUAAACACACUGGAGACAAACCCUACAUGUGUGGGGAGUGCGGAUACAGGACAGGUGACAGGUCUCGCCUAGUCUUACACAUGAGGACACAUACAGGGGAGAAACCCUACAAAUGUGACCAGUGUGACUAUUCUGCUGCAACGAAAAGCGACUUAAAAGGGCACAUACUUAAACAUACCGGAGACAAACCCUACAUGUGCGGGGAGUGCGGCUUUAGGACGGCUGGCAGGACUAGCCUAACGAAACAUAUGAGAAAACAUACUGGGGGAAAACCCUACAAGUGUGACCAAUGUGACUAUUCUGCUGCGCGGAAAGGCCAUUUAGACCGGCACAUGGCUAAACACACUGGACACAAGCCCUACAAAUGUGAUCAAUGUGGCUAUUCUGCUGCUCAGAAAAGUGACUUGGAGAAACACAUGUCUAAACACACCGGAGAAAAACCCUUCAUGUGUGAGAAGUGUGGAUUGAGGACGGCUGACAGGUCUCACCUAUCCAAGCAUAUGAAAAAACAUACAGGACAUUGAUUAUACAGAUGUGAGCAGUUGGACUAUUCUGCUGCACAUAAAAGACAUUUUGACCAACACAUGGCUACUCAUACUGACAAUAAACCCUUACAAGUGUGGCCAGUGUGACUUUUACUGCUGUACUUUAUACAACCACAUGGCUUAACAAGCUGCUGAGAAGCCGAGUAUGUAAGGGUAGUGCGGAUAGCAAAAUUAUCUACUGUGUCCCGCAUAUGAAAAACCAUGCAGGAAAGAAAUCACACAACUAGUUUGGCACUGACUUUUAGUCGACGAUACAGGUAAAACAAGUGUUACAAGGAAACAGAUUUGAUGAUUCUCCAGCAUUUAAAAUUAGUUUAGAUCUUCAGAUGGUUAAACAUUCAAACAUGAUAAACCCGUGAAUUGUGGAAACAGUACUGAUGACAGCUUUUCCUGUCUUACCAUAAAAAGAAGCGUACGUUUGAAAACCCCUUCAAAUGUUUCUUGUGUGUCAAAGUGACUGAUAUGUUUGUUAAGGUUAAAGUUUUUUUAUGUCACUGUAGAUAUAUGAUACUUGAUGUGUUGAUAAUGUUGUACAUUGCUCGUAUUACUCGCAUUUUGUUGUACAUUACUCGUAUUUUGUUGUACAUUUUUAGUAUUCUAUGGACAGGUUACCGGAAUACUUAUGUUACAUUUCGUACGCGAUGAAGAAAUAUCGAUACCGUACGUGUGUAGCACUAAUAAUAAAUAAUACUAGUAAUACUUGACUUAGUCCUCUUCGCCCACUCGGGAGCAUAGAGCCUCUGUGAGAAGUCUCCAGCGUUUAGGGUUCAUCGCUAUCUUCUUGGUCUCCGGCCAGGCUACGUUGGCUUUCUCAAGGUCUUUCCUCACGCCUCUUCUCCAGGAGAGGCGGGGUCUGCCUCUGUGACGUUUCCCCUGGGGAUUCCAGUCUAGGGCUGUUCUUGUUAUGGACGUUGGUGGUUUUCGCUGUGUGUGCCCAAUCCAACGCCACUUCCUUCUUCUAAUGGUGGUUUCAAUAGGUUCCUGGCCUGGUAUUUCCAGCAGUUCUUUAUUCUUGAUCUUUCUAGGCCACCAGAUCCCAAGGAGGCACCGGAGUCUUGCAUUAACGAACACUUGUAGUUUGUUCAUGUUACGAGUACUUCGUCAGUCCCCAUGUGUCGCAUCCAUACAACAGGACAGAUUUUACAUUGGUCUCAAACAGCCUGAGCUUGGUUUUCAGAGAAAAGCUUUUGGAUCUCCAGACUGGCUUUAGUUGGGCAAAUGCAGUUCUGGCCUUUACAAUACGGGUAUCCACAUCUUUACUGGAUCCUCCAUCCUUCUUUCCGCUGGUUGCUCCGGCAGUUGGAGACUUUCUCUUUGAGGUUUUCGUAAUCGGUUGUAUCCACCUAUGGGUGAUUGGCCCAAGGGCUUCGCGUGCACCAAUUGGCCUCAGGGAUUGUGGAUGUACUCCACGUUGCCCUGAGUUCACCCCUGCACCACGAUGAGGCACACUGACCCGGGGGACAGUGUGGGGACUGCGGCGAUGCUGCUAGCUCCCUAGGUGCUCCGACUUCGCAGGGGAAAUAAUACUAAUACUCGACAAAAAACAACACUCCUUCCCACUGUGAAGUAGUUCUUUAGACUUAGGU